AGUAAAUAGUUGUACGUGUAUCUGAAUCAUACACUAUAUAUUUUCAGUGGGUAGCUCAGUAGAAAGUCAUGAUUAAAGUCAGUUAUUCUUAUAAAAAUUUAAGUUUGGCGCCUUUCUCUCCGCUGUAUUCAACGAUCAGUCUCGCUAAGUUGUCAGUUGGCUGGAAAGUACAGUUGCGAGAAGUGUAUGAUCGGACCUCGUGGUGUUGUGACUCAUAGAAUCGUCGAUCGUAAAUUUUUGUCGAAAAUUUUGAUAUAUAUAUAAGAAAAUGGAAAGUGUUUGGUACGAUUUUCUAACAAAUAACGUGUUAGUCUUUACGGUACUUAUCGGUUUAAGUGUUUUAAUUAUCAUGUACGUAAUUAAAUUGUUUAAAGAAGAAGAGGUUAGAGAAAAUAUGAAAAGCGACAAAUUAACGGUAUAUCCCGAGAAGAAAAAAGACCAGUCUCAAGGUGGGAAGAAGAAGAAGAAGAUUGUCGAAAGUAGAUGGACAGGAAAGCAUGAUAAAUACAUCUAUAGUCAUCCUUGGAUUUUGACUUCGUUGAAGGGGCAUACUGGGAAGGUUUUGGAUAUGGACUUUAGCAGUAAUGGGAAAUUUUUAGCUUCAUGCGAUGACGAAGAUCCUGACCCAGGAGGAAAGAAAGAAGCUGCUAUUUCCGAAGAAUUGAAUAAAGACAACGUCGAACCGACCGACGAAAAAUCCCCCUGUUGUCCAAAAGGUUUAUCGAGGAGACAAAGAAAAAAUCGUAAAAGAGACGAUAGCUCGCCGCCGGGAAAACAAAAACUGAAAAAAUCCAAACCGAAAAAAUCGUCUACCCAACAUCAAACUAUUAAUAACAAUAAAAAAAUCAUGUCCAAUCGAUCUGAUCAAUGGGACAUACCGGAAACGAUGCUCUACGAUCUUCUUCAAAAUUAUUUGUUGUCUUUGGAUCAAAUGAUGACCAUGGGGUAUCCGAUACAGACUACGGUGGAUCCGGGAGCGGUGGCGAUUUACAAGAGCCCCAGCGAACCCUGCAAACCCGCGAAUAAUACAAUUUUCAACUUGAACGCGAUGGAAUUCGUACCGAGAAGCGAUUGCAGUACUUCGGAUAGCGGUCAAGGUUCUGCGGAGUCCGGCGACAGCGGGGACGAAUCGACCGCCAGCAGUUGCAGUAGAAGUAGCCGCAGCAGUACCAGCAGCAGUUACUGCUCGUAUUACGACAUAAAUAAUUACACCGAGCAAUCGUUAGUGCCCAGCAACUACGUUUACCAUUCGAGGAUAUGUUGUAGAUGCGAAACGAAAUUUUACACAACCGAAACUGAAUAUAUGACCCAAGAGGGAUGCGUCUAUCAUUGGGGGAAGCUGCAAAGCGUUUUCGUCGAUAGGAAACCGCAGGUGGCUUACAGUUGUUGCAGCCGAUCGGCGGGAACUCCGGGUUGCACGGAAGGGAAAUUUCACGUGUGGAACGGGGUGACGAUGGGAAUGAACGGAUUUUUCGACGAUUUUAUAUCGACUAAACCGAGGAGGAAGCUACCGCAAGAAGGACAUUACGGCGUAUACGCUCUCGAUUGUGAAAUGUGUUAUACAGUGCGCGGUUUGGAAGUAACGAAAGUGACGGUGGUUGGAAUAGGGGGGAAAUUAGUGUACGACAGUUUCGUUAAACCUGAUUGUGAAAUAGUCGAUUAUAAUACCAGAUUUUCUGGUAUAACGAAAAAAGAUAUUACGAGUAAUACGAAAUCUUUGACGGACGUACAAAAAGAUUUGUUGAAUUUUAUAAACGCGAAAACUAUUCUAAUCGGACACGGUUUAGAAAAUGAUUUACGUGCUUUGAAGAUCGUGCAUUAUACGGUUAUCGAUACGGCGCAGACUUUCCCGCAUUACCACGGUUUGCCUUAUAGAAGAUCCUUGAAAAAUCUCACUUCUACUAUUUUGAAGAGGACUAUACAAGGAAGCGCCGACGGACACGACAGUUACGAGGACGCCAACGCUUGCUUGGAACUCAUGUUAUGGAAGGUGAGAAAAGAUUUGAAAAAACUUGCCGUUUAUUCGUAAUUAUAUUCCUCUCAUUAUUGCUUUUAUUUAUUAAAAUGCUUCUCAUUUAUAAAAAUCAUUUCCUAGUUAGAAGAUAGAAUGCAAAACUUAAAAUAAUUAUUGAAUCUACGAAUAAUUAACGGAAAAUCGAUUUUUUUAUGAUUUCAGUGUAAAUCCAAUUAAGAAAAAUUGAAAUACCAUUGGUUACGGUGUACUUUUCGUAAAAGUUUUGAGAUCAACUUCAUAAUUUACUUUCGAAUUAAAAAUAAUGAACAGAACUGUUUAAAUUAAUUUAUAUCCUAUGAUUUCAGUACUCGUUUAAUUAAACAAUGGAUCUACCGAUAAUUUACAGAUUUUUCUUUCAUAAAAAUAAUAAUUAUAAGUAUCAAAGUUGUCACCGUAAUAAUAAUUAAAAUAUAUGAAUACCCCCUGCACUGAAUCAUAAUAAAAAUUGAAAUACCAUUAGUUUCGGUGUACUUUUCGUAAAAGUUUUGAAAUCAACUUCAUAAUUUGCUUUCGAAUUAAAAAUAAUGAACAGAACUCUUUAAAUUAUUUUAUAUCCUAUGAUUUCAGAACUAAUUUUUAAUUAAAAAAUGGGUCUACCGAUAAUUUACAGGUUUUUCUAUCAUAAAAAUAAUAAUUAUAAGUAUCAAAGUUGUCACCGUAAUAAUAAUUAAAAUAUAUGAAUACCCCCUGCACUGAAUCAUAAUAAAAAUUGAAAUACCAUUAGUUUCGGUGUACUUUUCGUAAAAGUUUUGAAAUCAACUUCAUAAUUUGCUUUCGAAUUAAAAAUAAUGAACAGAACUGUUCAAAUUAUUUUAUAUCCUAUGAUUUCAGUACUAAUUUUUAAUUAAAAAAUGGAUCUACCGAUAAUUUACAGAUUUUUCUUUCAUAAAAAUAAUAAUUAUAAGUAUCAAAGUUGUCAUCGUAAUAAUAAUUCAAAUAUAUAAAUACCCCCUGCACUGAAUCAUAAUAAAAAUUGAAAUACCAUUAGUUUCGGUGUACUUUUCGUAAAAGUUUUGAAAUCAACUUCAUAAUUUGCUUUCGAAUUAAAAAUAAUGAACAGAACUCUUUAAAUUAUUUUAUAUCCUAUGAUUUCAGAACUAAUUUUUAAUUAAAAAAUGGGUCUACCGAUAAUUUACAGAUUUUUCUUUCAUAAAAAUAAUAAUUAUAAGUAUCAAAGUUGUCACCGUAAUAAUAAUUAAAAUAUAUAAAUACCCCCUGCACUGAAUCAUAAUAAAAAUUGAAAUACCAUUAGUUUCGGUGUACUUUUCGUAAAAGUUUUGAAAUCAACUUCAUAAUUUACUUUCGAAUUAAAAAUAAUGAACAGAACUGUUUAAAUUAUUUUAUAUCCUAUGAUUUCAGUACCCGUUUAAUUAAAAAAUGGAUCUACCGAUAAUUUACAGGUUUUUCUAGUAAAAUGAGUUUUCUACCAUAAAAAUAAUAAUUACAAGUAUCAAAGUUGUCAUCGUAAUAAUAAUUAAAAUAUAUAAAUACCCCCUGCACUUAAUCAUUAUAAUAAAUGAACAUUUUUUGAAAAGGAACUUGGUAAAAAUUAUUGAAAUAAAGAAUGGAAGCCAAAAUACCAAUUUUUUUUUUGAAAAUAUACAUAAUUAUAGUACCUUAAUAAUAAUAGUAAAUAAAUAAUGUUAAAAUCUGUCAAAUUUGUUCAAUAUCUUGUAUUUUCAGAACUCAUUUCAGACUUGUAUAGAUACUUCUAUACUCCCCUCGUUUUUUGAUUCUAGAAAAUCGAAAAAUGAUCCGAUUUCGAUGAUUUUUUUUUAAAUUUUCUUUUUUACGGCGGAUUUACGAAAAAAAUUAUGGGGAUGAAAAAAAUUGAAAACUUAUAUUGGUUUCAGGGUUUUAAAUGUUCAUUCACGUAUAUUUGUAGAUAACUUUUUUCCAGAUAAUCAAAUGAAGUUGUUAUAUUUUUUUUUCAUAAUCUAAACAAAUAAACGAACAAAUUGAAGAAAAAACUAUACAAAAAUGUUAAUUUAUCAUGAUUCUAUAAUUAAAAAUAAUGAUUUCUCUUAAAAUUAACCUUUUCUCACAUAUAAUAGUUUGUACCUUUUUUAUUAAGUAAUCAUAUGAUUGUGGUGGUAUGGAGCUGUCAAAAGUCAUCAUCAAUUGACAUUUACGUGUUUAUUUCAUUGUAUAAACAUAACUUACCAUUUGGUAUUUCUUAUGUUAAUUUAAUUGUUCUCGUUUGAAUCCAGGGCCUAAUCCAUUUUCCCUUUGGUUUUUUCCGAGAAUUGUCUUACAUACAUAUAAACAUAAUUGUUUAUACAACAAAUACCGCAGCACAAGCAGCCAUUCAUUUAAGUUCUUAAUACCAUAUGACAUCGACACGAUAUUGGACUUAUUGCGCAGAAAUUAGCGCAGAAACUGUACAUAAAUAUGAUACGGGAUGGUAUUUCUGUACAGUAUUCGAUAUCGAAAACUAGAUGCUCGUAUUACAUUAUACAGUUUUUGUCAAUAUUGAAAACUAUACAGAAAACAAUAUCGGUAGUUACAUAACGUCCAUACUACCUUUAAACUAUUGAAUCAUUUGAAUUUAGAUAUUUUAAAUAAUUUAGUUUCUAGUAAACACAAUAUUUGUUAAAUAGUAAUUUUGAUUAAUGACAAAAAAAGUUGAAAAUAAAUAUGCAUUCCAUUUACAUUCAAGUGAUCUGAGACUUCUGUAUCUUAAUCUCAGAUAAUUACGUCAUUGCUCACAAAUUCACCGUCUAUUACAGCAAAAGAAACGACAUAUUCAAAAUAAUAGUAUUUAUGAGAUUAUUUACAUUAAUAACUGUUUGCAAUAAUCUGACAACGUGAUGUUCUUAACCUCACUUUCAAUCUGAGUUUAAAAUAACUCACUAUAAAGCAUAUACAAUACUGUUCCUAAUAUUGUUUAUAUUCUCACAGCUCUCAAUUUUUUCAAUAUAUACCUGUAAAAUAAUAAAGUUGCCCUAAGUUUACGUAAUUUACUUAUUGUAUGAUAAAACUGCAACCAUAUAAUUGAUACCACAAAGUACACAUUAAAUUUUUAUUCUACCUUCUAACUAAACGUUUAGAUAUACGAAAAACAAUGUGAUUCAAUUAUGAAUUAAGAAAUUUGUACGUUCCUUCAAAUUUCUAUUUAUUUUUUUGAUUAUAGUGAUAAAAAAAAGGAGAAAAGAUUCUCGUGUUUUGUUGUACUGUGAUGAACUUGUUUCUAUUUUAUUCGUUUGUUGUGGCAAGUAUCAGUUUUUUUUUCGAAAACACUAUUUCGUUAUAAAAUUAAUUUCUUCCACGCAAAAAUUAUCAUGAAAAUAUUUAUACACAUGCACUUUUAAUGUUAUGUUUACUAGUGAAUCAACGUUACUUUUAAAACAUCAUAACUUUUGCUUCUUCUUUUAUAAUUAAAUAUAAAAUAAUAUCAAUGCCUUCAUUUCAUAGACAUAGUAAUUCGAGUUGGCUGAAAAUAUAUAAUUUCUAUAUUCAAAAGUUGUGCUAAUUUUAGAAAGAAACAGCCUCUAGUAUAAAGUAUAUCUAUCUUUGUUCCGCUGUGCGCCGAUUGGUCAAACGAGAUAGGGCGUAGAGAAAUAUAUUUGUGGGAGGAGUAAGAUACAAGUAAUUGAACACUUGACAGAGAUAGCUCUACCAUAACCUUCUUUCUAUCUCCUUCUAAUAUUAGAACACGAAAUUUAUUGGAAGCGAUAUUUAGUAUUACUUUGUCUAUGCUUCACUCCGAUUAUCAUUUAACUAUACUUCAAAAUAUAACUUCUACUUCUUCUUUUUUAUGUUGAAUAUAAAAUAAUCAUUCUGGCCUUCACUGUGAUUUAAUAUUUGACUAUAAAUUCAUCUAUGGAAUUGCCAUUUUGAAGAUCAUACAACUUUUACUGUAGAAAUUUUUCUGAAAAUUCAUAGUACUUGUAAAUUUGUUUGAAAGAAAUAACUUAUAAACGAUAUUUUGUUUGUUUGUUUGUUUAUGGAGGUUUAUUUUGCUUUGCUUUUCUCUUCGAUAUUUUCCAUAAUAUCGUCCGCGUCAGAAAGAGUAACACAAGUUUGAGGUUAGUGGCAGCAACUUCAAGUGUAUGAAUAAACGUCAAACGGCAAACGGAAAAUUAUGAAUCAGCUGCAAAUCUAGUAGAUAUCGUUAUUUAAACAGAAUGGAAAUUCCACUAUGCCCAAUAUAAUUAUCAUAGUUGAGUGAAUUUCAUGGUAAUUUUGGAUGGAAGAUGAAUUUUUUAAUUAGGGAUAUAAUAUUUAAUAUUUUUAAUCAUUUGUAACGUCCAAUAUGACUCAAUUUUGGCAGCUAUCAAUUUAUAAAAUGACAUUAUCAGUCUGAGUGCCGUGUUGAACAAAGUAUGUCCCUAAAUUGAAAAUUUGUGUGUAAUGUACAACAAAUCGUUUAUGAUAAUUAAGUAAUUUUGUGAUAAUAGUUUUAAGGACUAUUUUGUUAGGUCCCCGGCCGGGAUUUCUUAAUCAUUACAAUUUGUAAAAUAAUCUAAUUGUUUCGACUGUAGAUUUUCUAUUUACAAAUUUUCUACUUUCAGACAUUCAAUAAAUCGUUUUAUGUA